ACGAGGAGGACGAGGAAUAUUAUUGAGAACAUCGUUUUCGACACUGGUGCUGCCAUAUCAACGAUGUCCAAACGACAAGCUGCAGUCACAGUGCGCAACCUGCGGCUUUCAUAUGAUGGGGGCAAGACGUAUCAGCUCGAUGACAUUUGCAUGACAGUGCCGAUGGCUGGAAUCUAUGGACUGCUGGGAGCGAGUGGCUGUGGAAAGACGAGUCUACUACGGUGCGUUGUUGGUCUGCAACGACCAAACAAAGGUGUUGUCCGGAUUUUUGGAAAGAAGCUCAAUACUGGACUUGUUCCUGGCCCUGGUGUUGGGUUCAUGCCACAAGAAACGGCGCUGUAUGACAGCUUCACCAUCUCGGAGAAUCUUGUGUUUUUCGGGCAGCUCCAAGGCAUGCCAGCGAAACUCAUAGAAAUCCGCAUGGCCUUUUUGUGCACGCUCUUCGAACUCACGCCUGCCAGCAGAUUUGUUGGAAAGCUUAGUGGUGGACAGCAGAAACGUGUUUCCCUUGCGGUAGCCCUGAUUCACGAGCCUCCAUUUCUGAUUGUGGACGAACCUACGGUCGGCUUGGACCCAGUCCUCAGAGAAAGGAUAUGGAGGUACUUCGUCAAUGUUCAGCGCACGGAACAUACGACAAUACUUGUGACAACACACUUCAUCGAGGAAAUAGAGAGAGCCUCGGUUGUCGGAGUUAUGAAGGACGGAAAGCUUUGGUGCGAGCGAUCUCCACAUGAGUUGAAGCACAUCUAUAAGAAGUCGUCACUCUCAGAGGCAUAUCUGAGUAUAUGCAUGGCGCUAGCGGAACCAAGCGAAGAGUCCAUUAUGCCGAGGGAAGCUCCACGAGAUGAUGUGGCCAGUGCACCUUUUCCUACAAGAUUGUCUGCAAGUGUGGAGCACAAUCAGCGCUUUGCUGGAAAGGCUACCCGCAUAAGGGCGCUGGUGGUUAAAAAUUUAACCAAGAUGUUCAGAAGAUUCAUAACAGGCCUGUUCCAGAUCGUUGUGCCUGCAUGCGUCGGUGUAAUUUUCUGUCUGUUCAUCGGUGGAAGCCCCUAUGACCUUGUUGUGGGAGUUGUCAAUGAGGAUCAGCAUUCUUUGCUGUCCCUACAGUUUGUCCAGCAGCUCGACACCAAGACCGUUACUUUGGUACAGUACGUCAACUUAGCGGAUGCCUUUAGUGCUGUCCGGGAUCAACAAAUAUGGGCUGUUAUCCACUUCAAAGACGGCUUUCAACGUGCUAUGCUCAGGAAGUACCUGGCACUGUUCACUCACAACAUCACAAGAGAAGACGUGGAAGAGACGGGUGUGAUAGAGGUCUACAUGGACUCCACAGAUUUCCAAAUUCGAGGCACGCUGUUGAGUACCAUGCUGCAAGCAUACAAAAGUAUCCUGAAUCAACUCACUCUCACAGAGUUCAACUUCACUUUUCAAGCAAUACGGUUUACAGACCCAUUCUAUCAUGGAUUCGAUUUAACGUUCAGAGAGUUCAUGGGUCCAGGAGUUAUUAUUGCGCUCAUCUUUGCGAUGUCCCUCUCACUGACCGCCAUCGUGCUUGUACACGAAGUACGGGAAGGACUCCAAGGAAGAUGCCAGGUGUCAGGAGUGACACCCGCUGAGGUGGUGAUCGGCCACGCUGUCGUGCAGCUAGUAAUGGCACAUAUGCAGACCAUGCUGUUGCUCAUCACAUUCGUCUAUGUGUUCCAUAUGCCCGUUAGGGGAAGUCUGCUGAUGACUAUUUGCCUCCCGCUGGCCAUGGCGUUUUGCGGAAUGAACUUCGGCUUCCUGGCUUCUGCACUGUCCUCGGACGAAACUACGGCGCUGCUUACAUCGUUGACUGCCCUUUACCUCGCACUUCUUGUGGGCGGUAUCAUAUGGCCGCUACAAAGCAUUCCAAAAAUAAUGCAGACCCUGAGCGAAUUGGUCCCACAGACGCUGCCGGUGCGAGCCAUGAGGGGAGUGAUGAUCCGUGAUUAUGGAGCAGGUGAUCGACACGUUUUGCGAGGACUGGCCUCCAGCUUGAUAUGGGGAGUGAUAUUCUUUGCACUCUCCAUUUUUAUCUUCGCUCGCAAGAAGGCUUAAUAGGAGGAGAACAGAAUACUGGCUGUUAGACUGCAAUAAAGUGAAUAACAAAUA